AUGGUGUCAGAUAAUGCAUUUACGUAUUUAUCUGCAGCCGACGAGUUACGCCUUCUGUUUGACUCGCCUGAGAUUAAAACCUAUCUGACAAACAAAAGUGUAACAUGGAAGUUUAUUCCCAAACGUGCACCGCGGUUCGGGGGAUUUUGGGAACAACUUAUUGGAAUUACAAAGAACGCAAUCAAGAAGGUCCUUGGCCGCUCUUACAUAAUGUUUGAUGAACUACGCACAUUAUUAACGGAAGUAGAAAAUGUCCUGAACGACCGCCCACUAACAUACGUUUCAUCCGACGUGGAAGAUAAUGCGCCGCUAUCUCCGUCACAUUUGUUACACGGCCGCCCACUUACGUCGCUCCCCCAUGGCGAAGAUGGGCCUCUGAAUACCUAA